GCAAACUUACCAAGGUUUGAAUGUUACCGAGCGGUAACUUUAACCAGCGUUUAUACAAUCGGGUGCAGUUUGCGAGCGACAUUGUGAAGUACGAAUUCGAAUACGAUCCUUGCUGUCGUGUAAGACACCUUUGUCCUAUCAUGUUACGCGCAGGCCUUCAAUGGGUGAAUGGCUAUAUGCAUUGGCUUGCAGGGAGAAAAGCCACUAAAAAUAGCGGGAUAGUACAGACCACUAGCAAUAGCCCGAUAGUACAGUCCAAUAGCAAUAGCCUGUUAGUGGCUGCCAUCGAUUUUGGAACGACGUACUCCGGAUGGGCAUUUUCAUUCAAAAAUGACUUCAAAUCUGAUCCAACCAAAAUAUGUGUUAAGAAAUGGCAUGAAGGCGUACUUACUUCUCUAAAAUGUCCAACGUGCGUGUUAAUCCAAUCGGAUGGGGAAACAUUGGACACGUUUGGAUUUGAUGCAGAGACAAAAUACAGCGAGCUAUGUGAGACUGGUGAACAUAAAAAGUGGUACUACUUUCAUAGAUUUAAAAUGAUGCUUUGGAACAAGCGUAUUCAUGAAUAUACAAUGCUUGAUGACGAAUCUGGAAAAAGCCUUCCAGCUCGAACAGUGUUCUCCUUGUCAAUUAGGUUCAUGAUGGAUGACUUGAUUAAGAUGUCUCAACAGCAGGUCAUUGGUCUCGAUGCAGGCGACAUACAUUGGGUACUCACUGUUCCUGCUAUAUGGGACGAUUCAGCAAAACAGUUUAUGAGACUGGCGGCUCAAGAGGCUGGAAUUGCAACGGAGAAGCUGACUAUUGCGUUGGAACCAGAAGUUGCAUCGAUAUAUUGCAGACACCUACCACUUCAAAAAGAAGGAGAUAGCGAUAUUGCAUCAUUCCGCACAGGAACAAAAUAUUUGAUCCUAGAUGCUGGAGGUGGCACAAUAGAUAUCACUGUACAUGAAGUUUGUUUGGGUGGUGAACUGAAAGAAGUGCACAAAGCCACUGGUGGUGCGUGGGGUGGAACGGUCGUGGACCAAGCCUUCAUGGACUUUUUGGGGCAGUUGAUCGGGAAAGAUAAACUAGACAAUUUCAAAAAAGAUCAGAUGGAAGACUAUUUAGACUUAAUGAGAGAUUUUGAAGUAAAGAAAAGAGCCACUGAUUUAACAACUGAUCGGAAAGUAACACUGAGGCUUGCGAUCGAACUUUUAGAAGUAUUAGAGGCGAACAAUAGGCAGAUAAUGACACAAUUUAUGCAGACCUUUAAACACGCGAGUAAAAUCGCUUUGGUUAGCGGAAAACUUCGGUUGGACUUCGAAAUUUUCCGAUCGUUCUUUGUGGACGCAGUUGAUAAUAUCUUGCAACAUCUCUCGUCGUUGCUACUGAAGCCUGAGACAUCAGGCGUGGGGACAAUUCUGAUGGUAGGAGGCUUCUCAGAGUCUCCGUUACUCCAAGAAGCCAUUCAGAACAAGUUCCCCGCAAUGAAAAUCAUCGUUCCACAAGAAGCUGGUCUUGCUGUGCUGAAAGGAGCGGUCAUCUUUGGACAUUGUCCGACCUCCAUUAAAUCACGCGUUUCAAAAUACACGUAUGGUACACAUUGUACUGUUCCUUUCGAUGAAACCCAUCAUCCAUUAGAAAAGCGGAUACUUUGCGAUAGUGGCUACAGAUGCGAUGAUAUAUUUGAUGUUUUGGUUAGAGCAGGUCAAACACUCAUUGUAGGUGAAAAACAGCAUGCUGCAGAAUAUGAUAAUAGUAGUGUUAAUCAAUCGCGUAUUGAGUUCAAUAUGUUUUACACUGCUAAAACAGAUGUUAAAUUUAUAACCGAUGAUGGUUGUAAGAAAGUUGGUUCGUUCAAUGUCCCAAUAUCCGGCACUGGUUUAGGGCGAUCUGUUAUGGUUCGAGUAAUGUUUGGUGGCACAGAAAUAGAGAUUGAAUGUGAAGAGAAAUCCACCGGUCGCAUAACCAAGGGAAAAAUUAACUUCUUGCAAUAACGUACACAUAUACGUGUAGUUUGAGAUAUGAAGCAAUUAUAACUUAGUAAAUACUAUUUAUAAUAUGCAUAAUUAUAGUCAAUGCUGAUACACUGAUCAACUCUUGUUUUUAAACACAAACCCCAAUCCAUAAAUCGCAUGACGGCUGAAAACUGUAAAAGAAACGACGUUUUACAGAACUUUUGAACACGUCCGCUAUGAUGCUAUGUAAGAUACGGCAAAAGUAAUUAUAAUAUGAAAAUAACUUUAUAAUCAAAGUUCAUGUUUACUACAUCGUUCUAGCAAUAAUCUUUUCCUACAAAACUAUCUAUUUCCUGCUUAUGUAGCUGUUUCAAUGUGUUAACAUUUUUAUAGAUGUUUGGCCCAGUUUGUGGCAUCAUACAUGAAAAAAGUACUUAUCAUAGUAAAACCAGUUUAUUUAACCAGUUACUUGAGUAGCAGUUGGGAAAAAUGUGUUCGCGAUUUAAAUAAAUGAAUACAAAUUGGAAAAGCUUUAAAAAGUAUUCUCCCUGAGAGAUGAUUGUGAAAGUGUGUAUACAUUGUAGCUGUGCUAACACUUAUAUAAUAAAUGCAUCUACCUGGUAGUUUUACAGCGUAUGGACUGUUUGUGGUAUAUGGAAAUGAUACUUGAGGUCGGUAUUGCUAUAGCGACGUUCAGUUUUUAUUAAGUUAAAGAAUGUUUAUGUUUGGCUUGUAUUAUGCAUCGUCUAACUUAAAUAAAAAAUGUGCGACUAUUUUCUGUUAGUUUCAAGUCAUUGAAUUCAGAAAAUUACCUUAUUCGAUUUGCGAACAUCAAUUUUGAUUUAUACAUUACCUCAUUAAAUAUAGUAUAAAAGUUAUCUUUGAGUGCUCUCUGAAAUCAAUGCUUUCUCUGGUACAUUUUCACCGUCUGGUGAAAAUACCACUUUUCAUAAUGAUUCAGUGUAAUUUAAAUUAAAAUACUAUGCCCAUUCAAAUGCAGUAUACUAAUUUAUCACGAAUUGCGACUUAACAAGAGUUUUAGUACACAUUAUUAUUUUCUUGAUUUACUAGUAUAUUGGCGGAACCAUAUAAACUUGUCUGAAUAUUGUCUAUUCAAGUUAAAAACUGGUAUAAUUCAGUGUUACCACUAACUUAAUAAAAAAAACAACUUAUAUUACGACCUCGCGUAAAAAGUACAAUCAUAACCAGCUUUUCUGGCAGAAUUGUUUUCUUCAUACAUAGGUUUAUUUCAAUGUGAUUUAUCCUUUCAUCUUUCCAUCUUGGCCCAAUGGAAAUAUAACCCGGUCAUGUAAUACGACAUUACUUCUAAAAUUUUCCUUUUCUCCAAAUAAGAAUACCUUUUACCUGGGAACCUUAUGUUUUAUGUUUUUUACAUUUGACAAUAUUUUUGGUUCAUCAGUACUUACACUGAUACCAUAUAAUAUGCAUGUAAAUAUUACUACCAUGCUAGCAUGCCCUUGAUGUUUUGUUGUUUUUUUCUUUCUAGAUUUAAUGCAAAACUUUAUUUGUGUGUUAAACCAUCAGAUGUUCUAGCUUAGUCUGUGGGCUUACAAUUCCAAAAUGAACAUAUCCUGCAUAGAUGAUAGUAUUAACAUUGUAUUUUGAUACAGCAUUCUGUGCAUGUAACAUGAAUAAACAAUAACUAUAAAAUAAGGACGAACACAUAUGUAUUCAUAGGAUUGUGUAACUUGGGCUAACUCUAUAUUUUGAUGGGUUUUUGUACAUACUUCAAAACAUAAAUACUAUUGUUAUAGUAUCUAAUUUUAAAUUCAAUAUCCAGCCAUUCAGUGUUACCAAUUACUAUAUAACUAAUGCACUUUAAUACCUUCAAACCAAAAGUUUUCAUUUAAUAGGCUAAUGCGAAAUAAAAAGUCUCUUGAAGGUAUUAAAAAACGGAGGACUUAAAUCAUCCUUUUUAUUAUUUUUUUUUCAUUUAACACUUUAUAAUUAGCAGUUCUUCAUUAAUAUAUCAACACACUCUUACUUUAUUUUCGUUUUCAUAUGAAGUUGUCUUUAAGUGUUGAGUGAAACUUGGAUGUAAAAUAUAAUUACACUGUCUGAUUCAAUAUCACUGGCUUCCAGAGUAUACUAUUUUCUUAUAUAGAUCAGUAACAUAAUUACUUGAAAAAGUUACAUGCCUGUUAAAUUAUGUACCUCUCUUACAUGCUGAUAAAAUAAUGCUGAUACCCCAAAGUAGAAAGAAAUUAAAUGUGAUUAUAUAAGUGUAUUUUUGUAACAAAAUUAACAUGCAUGUCAAGCCUCAGUUCUCACAUGUAUAAAUAAUCUACUUUAUAACUAUAUUCAUUCUACAAGUGCAAACUAUUUACAUUAAAAGAUUCUUAUUAAAAUGUCUUCCAGUAUAAGGUUGGAUGUGAACAUGCAAGUAAAUAUAUAUUGUCACCUCUUCAUUAUAGUUAAUACUUAUAAUUAUACAAUUAUUUAUAAUGCU